CCGGGGCCUUAGUGAUCCCUUAGUUGUGCGACACUUACACAACAGUGGCCAUUCCCACACAGCGCGGCAUCUGUGUCUACUGACCCCCCCACACACAGAAUGGAUCACUGCACGAGGCUCCUAUGUUCGGAUCACAAGUACUGCAGUGUGGGCUCUAUGCUUGGCUCCCAUUUCUGCCGCAGUCUCGUCGGGCUCCCAGAGCCAGUUUGUGGGUGCCCUAUCCCACCGCACCCUUGGGUGACACAUCACUCCGUCCCACACAGGUAUCUGUGCAGCAGUCACUAUCCGUGUGUCUCCCACGUGAGCUGCAAGAAGGUGGAGGUGCCCAGUGUGACCCCCUGUUUGCCCUCACUGACGGCCCACGAGACGGUUCUGGCCCGGAGGAACCACGAUGGGUUCUAUUACCUGGGCGCCAUAAAGCAGGAGGAGGAGCUCGGGGUGUUCCUGGUGGAGUUCGGCAGUCCGUGUGCAGAAGAAGAGAGAGUCCAGUCCAGGCUGCAGAAGACCCAAGCCGCUGACAUUCUCCAGUACUACGAGGCCCUGAGACAUUCGGUUCUCCCCGGAGACAACGUUUUGGCCCCUUGGGAACCUGAGCUCGUCAGAUACGGACCAGGAACCGUCACUUUGGGCCUAGAGACCAGGGAUCCGUUAAGAGCCUGUGAAGACGAGGAGCUGACAGUCCGUUUCUGGAACGGGAAGAAGACGAAGGUUCCCCUGGGAGUCUCUGUGUGGAUUUCCCCUGCAGCUUAUCGCAGGGUUCUAGAGCUGCUCCACCAUCCCAUCAGCACCACGGGCAGGUUCCAGGUUAGAGACCCAAACUCUACCACUUACGUCAUCACGGACCGUUAUACCACCGUGCCGGUGCCGGUGUGUCUGGCCGGGCACCACUACCAGAACAAGUGCCACCCCCGCACCACCCACAGGCACUGCUCCUGCUGCUGCUUCCCCACCUGCGCCAGCUGCACCUGUUGCCAUGACCCCCGGUGUCAGGAUUGGUGGCCCCUGUCCCCCACCUCCACCAUCUACGUUAAUAGCCAAAAGGAACAGGAAGAUGAUGGCAGAACCUACAGAACCAGAAGUGAAAGUCCCAAGCGAAGAGAAACAUCUCACUACUCGGUUUCCUCUGAAGAUGAACUUGAUGCAAAUGAUGAUGAUGAUGAUGAUGAUGAUGAUGAGGAGGAGGAGAGCGACAAUGAGACAUGGCUCUCAAAAACCACGCAGACUACAAUGGUAGACAGUGGGGUGAAUACGGACUCCAGCCUGUGGGAUAAGCCGAGGCCUGGUAUUAGCGAGCGGCCCGAAUGGAGGUACUGGAAACAUAACCAGCCGGAGCCGUUCUAUAGGAAGCCAGGAAGCCGAGUUUCUAUCCAGGGAACGGACAAACCGGACCCCCGGGCUCCCCUCUCCGAGCCGGUAGGACUGGCCAAUCAGAGCGCCCUGUUUGAUACAAUCAGUGACUCCCCGGCCAAGAGACUGACAGUGAGAGAUCUUUUAGUUCACAAGGAUUUCACUCCGUCCUACAGGCCACAGGCCCCCCCUCUGCUGCAGAGUCUGGGAAAAACAGAGCAGGAAAAACUGAGUCGCCAACAAUCUGAUCUACAGAGAAAGCAGGAGAAGAAAAUCCAACACCGGGAAUGGGAACAGAAUAGAGAGGAGCGAGCGGAGCAAAAGUACAGCGACAGCCACGAGAUACACAGGAAGAAGACAUUGCAGCGCUUGUACAACGAGGAGCUGAAGAUGAAGGAGAAAGAGAAGAGAGAGGGGGAGAGCCGGAAGGCCAAGAUGGAGGUGCGGGAGCAGAAGGAGAGGCGCUUUGAGACUUUGGCCGCAGAGGAGAAACAGAGAGAGAAGCGCAGGUUGGACCAUCUCAGACACGUUCGGGAAAAGAUUGAUCAAAAGGAAUUUGAGAAAUUUGCAGCCAAUGAGUUGAAAGAGACUGAAUUUACGGAGUCGCGCAGGAGGCGGGUAGAUAAUCACUAUAAAGAAGUGGCGGAAAAGGUCUUCCAGGUGGAGCAGCAGAAAUCCCAGCGGAGCCGGAUCUGAGUUUCAGCACUUUAUUCCCACUCAGGGCACUUAUCCCUGACUAUGCAAUAACAGCACUUCCAAAUUAGAUUGCCAGCUCUGGUGUCAAGCAAUUUCCAAGUCUCAGCAUCCACUGACAGCCUGUGAGUCCAUUCAGACCUCUGUCCUGCCCUGAACACCCGAGGGCGCAGGGAAGGCACCGCGAGCGGCUCAGUCUCAGAUUUAAAAGAAAUUAAAUAUUAUUUGUAACUAAUGUGAAUAAAGGGAAAGUUAGAAAUCAGUAUCAAUGCCCUAUGGAACCAUAACGUGUCCGCACGUGUAAGUGGGUUGGAAUUAAAUUCUAUUUUACUGGA